GAUUUACUCUAUAUUGUUUACAUGGAUUAGAGGAACUUUACGUCUCAUACAGACACUUGUGGAAAAAGCUUAAAGUUGUGAUAAGGAUUCGCCUUUUGGACAAUAAUUAUGGCUCAAAUCGAAUAAGUACUUAUAUGAUCAGGGGUUUGCUACGCUAGUGGCUCCUCAGCAUCUAUUCUAUAUAAAAAAAAAAAGGUAUGAGCAAAAGCACGUCUUGCACAAACCUUCACUCAUAGAAGGGGUCAAAAAGGAAUAAUCGAUAUGUGUGCAUAGAUGAACUAAAACAAUAGAGAUUGAAGAAGACCUUCAACACUGUAUUUUCCAAUGCCACAACCAAUAAGUGCCAUAAAUAAAGCACAUAAAUUAUGUCUUAAAGGCUUCUCAUAAGAUAUCACAUAAAUUUUAUAAUCAAAUAUGUCUGCGUCCGGCAGACCAAAUCUAUCAACAAGAGGAUUUGAAUACGCAAUACCAUAUACAGAUAUACUCCUUCACACUAAAAUGUACAGAUAAUGAGUUUUUAAAAAAAUGAUCCAUUAUCUACUAGGAGAAAGACCACCAAACAUCUAUAAAUAUGUAUAUUCUUUCUAGAAUGCACAGCACAUUACAUCUCUUAUUAACGAAAGUUAUUGGGUCUGAAAAGGCCUAACCUCAAGUAGCUUUAGUUUAUACUGCCUAAAUCAGCCUAGGGUGCAAAUCAUACAAUUUUAACAACCCAUCAUUCAUCAAGCUUUCUCUCAAUCAUUUUUUCACACAUUUUAUUUAUUUAUCACAUCCACAUAUGCAAGUGAGAGAGACCGUGUGUGUGUUUGGUAUAAAGCCAAAGAAUCUAGGAGCUGGUGCCAGUUAUUCGGGUUGUUUUACAUGUGGGAUGCAAUUUGGGUCUCGUGGGUUAAAAUAUGCUCUGCUUUUUUUUUUUUGCAUGAUCAGCAGUUCCAGUAUUUUUUGUCUAAGAUGUCUUAAAUAUUGAGAUGAAUGCACACGAUUUCAUAUGAAUCAUGUGAGGUCCAUGACUUCACAUGGAUCAUGUACGUCUAUCUCAACAUUUAUGAUAACUGAUGCAAAAAACAUUGACAUCCUUAGCAUUUACGUUACGUUUUUUUUCCUGAUAACUUCUCACAUAAAUAAUUCAAGUAGACUUGCCAGGUGUCCAGGGUAUUAUACUAUUAUCAAUGAAGAUGGGCAACAGCUGUUGGCAUGCCCAAAAGGUUGACUUUCCCUGACGCUGUCAACCACUAUUGCAUUGAAUUUGGAGUCUUUGGAGUCAUGCGCGGACCACUUUUAUGCCAGACAAUGACCAAAGCAGAGUCCACUCCACUCCUCCCUCUGUCUGAGUGUCUUACCUCCAUAAUGGUGUUCUCACAGAAGGUGGUUCGUAAGGCCCACAUAGAGUUUCAGAAUUUUUAACUACUAGCUUGCAUUAGUUAGCCUUUCACGUGACCUACAGUGACUGCUUUAGCUUCAUUCCCAUCUAUUUAUAACCUCAUCCUCCCCUUCUACACCACAAUUCCUACAGUUCUCUCUCUCUCUCUCUAAUAAUGAAGCAAAGCUUUCAAUAUAGUGUUCUUCUGCUCUUCCUUCUUUUCCUUGUUUCCAACACAAAAAUAUCUGCAAGAUCGAUGGCUACCAAACAAGGACAAGAGGAGGUGAUAAAUCUCAGCCAAACCACUGGUCAGGAUUCCAUUUCAGGAGUGGAAAGCAGUGAAUCAAUGAAUCUAAUGGGGUUGGAUGUAUGUGAUAAUGAAGAUGAGGAAUGCUUCAAGAGAAGAAUGAUGGCAGAGGCUCAUUUGGACUACAUCUACACCCAGCAUCACAAGCCUUGACGUUCCAACUUAAACUAGAUUAGUUACACUAUAGAUAACUGGAAUAUAUUAGCCAACAUUCUUCUAAAUCUACCAUCACAUUUUGGAACUUAGUAUCCACUAUAAGGGACAGUAUCAUGUCAACUGCUAAUUCUCACUACUGCAGAUAUGAUUGUUAUCUGUUUAUCUUCUGUAUGGCAAUGACUAAUGAGACUAUGAAAAUUAGCAAGCA